GGGAGGAACUCGUGCCACACAAGCGGAAACCUCUUGAGCUUCGAGCGGCGGCGCUAUUAGCAGUUUUAGUUGUCUUCAAAUAACAAACAUAUUGUGAGACGCGCAGGAAAAUAUUGUUCUUAAACAAUUAAAGAAUUCUACACCGAGGAAGCCGUAUCUCAAAGCACAAAAUAUAAAAAACACAGGAGUUAAAUGGAAAAGAAUUCGCUUGUGCUUCUGGUGUGAGGUACAGUGGAGCAAACUCGGAUGAGUUCGACUUUCGUUUUGACUGGUGAUUAAGGUACUUAAAGAUAAAGGAUGGCUUUCUGGAAUGAGAUAGUGAAACUGCACCAGUUCCUUCCUCAGUUCCAGGCCUUGUAUGCACAACGAUUCCCCAUUGAAGUCAGGCACUAUCUUGCCGAAUGGAUAGAGCAGCAGCCAUGGAGCUCCAUUCACAUAAACCCUUCCAAUGAAAACCUUGCCCGAAAUCUCUUGGACGCAAUGGUAUCUGAAUUACAGAAAGUGUCAAGUUGUAUGUCCUAUCCAGUGAAAUGCAAGCUCAAUGAGUAUGCUGUUGUUCUCAAGAAAACGUUUGAUCAACAGCCAUUAGAACUAGUGAAUAUUAUGAACUGCCUCUUGAUGCAGGAAAAUCGAUUAUUUCAGGAGCUUCAGCAAACUUGUGCCAGUGUUGCACCAGCUGUCACCUUACCAGCCCAACCUGUUCCGACCACCAACAGUGAAAGGAUAAAGCAGGAAGAUGCAAAUGUAUUACAGCAGCUUACUCUGCUGAAUGGCUUAAUCAAGACCAUUCAGAUGUACCGCAGUGCUACUCAGCAAACGAGUGAGGCUCCUGACCAGGAGCAGCAACAAUUGCCACCAUGCUACCAGUCUCACCACCUGCAGCAAGCAAAUAGCCCACUACCAGAAUUCACCAAGAGGGAGGAGCACAUAAAACAGCAAAAGAGCACAUGGGACGAUCACAGAAGGAAGAGAAAUUACAGCAUCUUGGAAGCGGUGAGAUCUCUGGAACAGGUCCAGGGCCUUGUGCUGAAUAUGAUUCAGGACUGGAAACGACGACUACAGCUGUCAGGAAAUGGUGCCUACUUUGAGGACAACCUGGGGUCACUUCAGGAAUGGUGUGAUAAACUUGCAGAAAUGAACUGUCAGAUUCAGCAAGAGCUCGGGCUAAUUAGCACACGGGAAGACAUUGCUAAUGAGCAGAUAUCUGGAGUGCCUGAGAAACUCUCCUCCUUACUCAAUAACUUGGUCAGAAGCGCAUUCCUCGUGGAAAAGCAACCUCCACAGGUACUAAAAACUCAAAGUAAGUUUUCUUCGACUGUUCGCUUUUUGCUUGGGGUGAAGUUAAAUGCCCCAACAAAGCCUCCUAUUGUGAAAGCCAUAAUCAUUACAGAGCAACAGGCCAGAGUUAUGAGACAGCAUGGGAACAUACACAGUGAAAAUACAGGAGAGAUCAUGAACAAUACCAGCUUAUUGGAGUUUAGCAAUGCUACAAAAACCACCAGCGCCAGCUUCAGGAAUAUGUCCUUAAAGAAAAUCAAACGCUCAGACCGCAGAGGGACCGAAUCGGUGACUGAGGAAAAGUUUGCUGUUCUGUUUUCUUCUGAACUCAGCAUUACAGGCAGUGAAAUGAAAUACCAUGUUCAGGCCACAUCACUGCCUAUUGUAGUAAUUGUUCACGGCAGUCAAGACAACAAUGCUACUGCUACAAUCUUGUGGGACAAUGCAUUCUCUGAAAUCGAAAGAUUGCCGUUCCAUGUACCAGAUAGAGUAUCAUGGUCUCAAAUGUGUGAAACACUCAAUAUGAAGUUUAUGUCGGAGGUACAGUCAACACAGGGCUUAUGCAAAGAGCAUUUUGUCUUCCUGGCACAGAAAAUAUUUGACGAGCAGAGCUACAGCAUUGAAGACUUCACCAACCGGAUGGUCUCUUGGUCUCAGUUUAACAAGGAAAACCUACCUGGAAGAACCUUCACUUUCUGGCAGUGGUUUGAUGGUGUGAUGGAGCUCACCAAGAAGCACCUGAAGGAUUACUGGAAUAAUGGGUUGAUCCUCGGUUUUGUAAGUAAGCAGUACGCUAACAGACUGCUUAAUCAACGAGUGAAUGGGACCUUUCUGCUGCGCUUCAGUGACUCUGAAAUUGGAGGGAUUACGAUAGCAUGGAUUGAUGAUUCUGAGAAAGGUGGCAGACAGGUAUACAAUGUUCAGCCUUUCACCACAAAGGAUUUAACUAUUCGAUCACUGGGAGAUCGUGUCCGAGAUAUUGAACGUCUGCUUUACCUGUAUCCCAGCAGACCCAAAGAUGAAGCAUUCAAAAAGUACUACACAAAGGAAGUGAAGGGAAAAGAUGGGUAUCUCCAUGCCGGAGUAAAGACUACAGUGAAUGGUGAACAAACACAAGUGGUGCCACAAGCCAUGGUCCCUUCGCCAGUAUCUCAGUCUUGUGUGUGUACUACGCCUGAAAUGCCAGGAUGGCCACAGAUCCCAUGCAACCCGAAUAAUAUCAACUACGAUAAGGGAGAUGCUACAGUUACCUCUUCCAUUUCAUUACCUCCUAAUAUGAUGACAACCAUGAGCCAGGGUGAAGACUUUCCAAAUGCAAUUCAGCGCAGCCAUCUCAUUAAUCCAUAUAGAACUGAGAAUGAUAUGGAAGUGAACUUUGAAGAUGAUCAGCAGUUUGUAAGAGGUGUGGAGAACAUUCCUGUACCCUCUGAAGUAGAGCUGAAUGCGCUCCUGAGCAUGAACACAAUGGAUAUGUCUCUCAUAAAUUCGACUGAGUUUUGAAAUGUCUGAGUGUUUAGGAAAGAGCAUUCUCAAGUGCCAAGUUAUGCAGGAGGCUUGUGUCACAAAAAGAGCUCAAUUACAUCAGUUGUUGAGCUUUGAACUAAGAUUUCUGUUCACUCGAUUAUGCAAUUUGCUGUACAAACUGCAAAAUUUGCUGUAAACCCAAUUUAACCGACUGUUAAUAGACAAUUUUCUUCUCUUUCCCUGUAAGGGAAAUGUCUACCUCUGAUUGGUGGUGUCUGGUGCCACAGAAAAGUUCAGGCCACCUCAAUUUCAACAGCAUUAUGUUUGGAGAUGCUGAGUGGAGGGCAGACACUUUUGUUCAAAUCUGUGGCCGAAGAAAAGCAGUUGGUAUGUUUGAGCACCUUGUGCAUUUAAAAUUGAAAUGAAAUUGAACAUAAACUUUCUUAGUAUGGGAAACUUAGUUCAGUUAAAUCUACUUAAAGCCAAUAUUUUCAUGAAUUCAAUUAGAGAUAUCAGGUGAAUUUAGCCCAGAAUAAAGUGAACAAGUUUGUAAGACUGAGAAUUUGCUCAAUGUACUGAGAAGAAGCUGUGGUUUCCAUGUUGUGAUUUUUUUGUUUUUUGGUAGCCAAGACGAGCUGAUGUGUUGUUUUAUAGCAUCUAUCAAACUUUCAUGACAGUCUGCUGAUGACUUAAACGUAUUUCUGCAAAAGAAUUGAAUUAAGUAAUGUAAAUAACACACAGUGGAAAUUUAGUACUUAAUUCAAAUUAUCAAGACAAUUCAAAGCAAUGUAAUAAUAUCUCGUAGCCUGGAAUAGUCACCCAUCUAUUGACAACACACACUGGCACAAAGAAGCUUUAUUUUCUAAUUCAAUAUUUAAAGAAUGUUGUAUGCCUGCAAUGAAACAAAAAUCCAAAAUUUCAAAUUUCCCUGUGUAUUUUUAAGAAGUUAAUAAUCUACAAAUUUGACAAUAGUAGUAAAUUGACAGUCUCACUCAGAGGCCACAGGACAGCUAGUGUGGGGAAACUGGUGCAGUUGGUGGAGCGAACAUAUUUUAUGGAAGAUGUACUGCAGAAGAUGGGGGUAAUGGCUGUAGCCGUAUAAAAAUUACAACGGUUGCAAUUUCAACAUCUGUAGGAUGCAAGAACCAAUGUUUUUUAGGGAAGCUAUUUUAAGAGAUGAGGGAGCCAUUUAAAAUCACUGCACUAAAUGGAUCUUUUAGCAGACUUGUGGUAAGGUUUACAAUGUAAUGUACAUUUGCUUUGCCAGGCUAUUCAGUUGGUUAAUGAAAAUAUCUAUACAGUUGUACAGAUUUUAACAAGUGCCAUAUUGGAACAGGCUGCAAGGAUUGUUUCACUAUUGUAAAUUAUGAACUUAAUCUCUAAGUGAUAAAAGUAUUGCACCAGACUUGUGAUCAAAGUUAUAACUCAUAGAAUAGGGAGAGUAGUGGCAUGGACAUGAAAUUAGCUGGGUGACAGGAAUUUGAGAAUAGUGGUUAAUGGUGUUUUUCGAACUGGAGGAAGGUUUGUACUGGAGUUUCCCAGGGUUCGGUGUUAGGACCCUUGCUCUUCUUGAUAUAUAUUAAUGAUCUAGACCUUGGGGUACAGGGCACAAUUUCAAAAUUUGCAGAUAAUAAAAACCUUGGAAGUAUUGUGAACAGUGAGGAGGAUAGUGUAGAAUUUCAAAAGGACGUAAACAGGUUGGUGGAAUGGGCAGAUGAAAUUUAAUGCAGAGAAGUGUGAAAGUGCUUCAUUUUGCUAGGAAGAACAUGGAGAGACAAUAUAAAUUAAAGGGUACAAUUCUAAAGUGGGUGCAGGAGCAGAGAGACCUGGGUGUAUAUGUGCAUAAAAUCAUUGAAGGUGGCAGGACAGGUUGGGAGAGCAGUUAAUAAGCCUAUGAUGCUGUAUGUUUUUAUUAAUAGGGCAUAGAGUACAAGAACAAGGAGGCUAUGAUAAACUUGUAUAGAACACUGGUUCGGCCUCUACUAGAGUAUUGUGUCCAGUUCUGGCUGCCACGCUUUUUAGGAAGGGUGUGAAGGCUUUAAAGAGGGUGCAGAAAAGAUUCACGAGAUUGGUCCCAGGGAUGGGGAACUUCAGUUACUUAUAGAUUGGAGAGGUUUGGGACUGUUCUCCUUGGAGAGGAGAAGGCUGAGGGAGAUUUGAUAGAGGUGUUCAGAAUCACGAGGGGACUGAACAGAGUAGAUAGGGAAAAACUGUUCCCAUUGGUGGAAGGAUAGAGAACAAGAGGGCACGGACUUAAGGUAAUUGACGAAAGAAGAAAUGAAGACAUGAGGAAAAACUUUUUCACACAGUGAGUGGUUAGGAUCUGGAAUACAGUGAGUGUGGUAGAGAUGGAUUCAAUUGAGGUAAUUAAAAAGGAAUUGGAUUAUUAUCUGAAAAGGAAGAACGUGCAGGGUUACGGGGAGAAGGCCUACGGGGAGUGCGGCACUAGGUAAAUCGCUCCUCCGGAGAGUCAGAGCAGACAUAAUGGGGUGAAUGGCCUCCUUCUGUGCUGUAACCAUUCUGUGAUUCUGUAAAAUAAAGAAUUUAUUUGGUUAAUGUAGUUUUCACACAAAUCAAGAACAUGAUGCACAGAUCAUGAAAUACAUAAAUGACUCAUCGAUCCCACUCCUCCCAUUAUCCCCGUACAUUCUACCCUAUCAUGAACUCUGCUCACCCAUUUAACCUCCUUCCACACACCAUAUAAUCUCUAAUCCUAUCAUUGGACUCUACCCACCCAUUUAAUCUAGUGAGGGAAAGCUCUGUAUAUCCUCACUGAUCUUCAAGGGUAAUCCAAACCAGAAUAUACACCCUUCUUCACAUUUUAACUAUUCAAACUUGGCUUGCUGCCCCCCACUGGGAACAUUCCCUUCCCCUCUUCCCUCCAUUGUCUCCGUCUAUACCUAUUUAUGUAAACUAGAGUCUGGUGCAAAAGCAUGAUCUACAAAUGGCCUGUUUCUAUUUGCACUGUUACAUUAGCUGAUAAGAGUUGACAUGCUUCAAUUUGACUUCCUAGAAUGCUGCCCUCUACAGACUCCAUGGAGGUAACUCCUUGAUUGACUUCUACUUGCAUGAUAUAUAGUACAGUAUCGCAGUUUUUGUAAUCCUCUGUACAUAUUAUGAAAUCAUAACCCUGAAUGGAAUUUUGUGGGGCUUGACCCUAUACAGUCAUAUAAACUAGGUGCUUUUUCACUUUAUCAUUAAUGCAGUUUGGCUGUAGCUUGUUUUCUGUAUUGGUGACUUGACUCAUUCUAUUUUGAUUUUCCAUUUGCACUCACUGUUUAAGGCACAAAAAUUAUUCUUACAAAGUGAAUGCUACCAGCCUGUAUAAAGGCUGAAAUAAAAGUCCUAGAUAUUA